AGAGACGGGGAGAACCAAACAGCACAACAAUAGGGUACUGCUCUUCUGCCUGUGGGCUCACACACACGGAGAGAAGGCACGGAGAGACACACUCAGUAGCAGCUACAGACAGACAGACAUGUACUCUCUUUCUUCGUUCUUCUCUCCAUAGUUAUUCCUUUCAUUAUUCCUCAAAAUACUACUGGACCUCUAUGUCUUUGGUAGAUAUUAUAGGAAAAAUAUGAUUCUUGGUGGAUUUGAACUGAAUUAGUUCUAGAAGUGACUUGUGGAACUUGUGGGCAGUACAUCUACAGAUGUUUGGGAGUAGUUUACUUUCUGGAAGUGGGUUCCGUCCAUUCUCUUGAGUUCGGGGACUAAGGUUCCUUCCCUCCUUGGACUUUGGGAUCUGAGUUUGGACUUGGACUUGGUCACCACCAGUCGGAGUAGUGACAGCUGGGACUUUGUGGUGUGGAAUUUUAGACCUGACCGGCUUUCCCUCUGUUUUUCGGAACAAGUGAUUUGUUUGUUUAGCCGUUCUGCUAACUUUUUCCUGGGGGACUCCAUUGGUCUGGACGGCAGUCAGUGUGUUCCCGAUCUGAGUGCACUAGAACGCGUGUAUGUUGAGCGUGUUGAGGGUGAUGCCUCUGGACGUGGUCAUAGCCCCGGCGGAGGACUGUUUCUGGCCUGUCCUGCAGGAGUCAGACAGGAGGCUGAAGAUCAGAGUCCGCAGGACCAAGGAGGGGAGGGAGCUACGAGCCUUAACAAAGGAUUCUAAAAUGUCAAUCAAUACUACCGGGCAGAGCAGAUCAAAAGGACAUGGCUAGCCGCUCAACUGUUAAAGGGGGCUUUGCUGCCUUCUCCUCCUGUUUCCCCGGGCUUUGUGAGAGCAAGCCAGCUCUGCCUAUGAGCAUAUCCCAGCCCUGCCUGCCUGUAGCUAACGUAGGCCCCACACGCAUCCUACCACACCUCUACCUGGGAUCGCAGAAAGACGUCCUCAAUAAGGACCUGAUGGUUCAGAAUGGCAUCACGUACGUGCUGAAUGCCAGUAACACCUGUCCCAAGCCUGACUUCAUCAGAGAGAGCCACUUCAUGCGGAUCCCUGUCAAUGACAACUACUGUGAGAAGCUACUGCCCUGGUUGGAGAAAACCAAUGAAUUCAUUGACAAAGCCAAGGUGUCAAACUGCAGAGUCAUUGUGCACUGCCUGGCUGGAAUCUCACGCUCGGCAACCAUCGCCAUUGCAUACAUCAUGAAGACAAUGGGCCUGUCAUCGGAUGAUGCCUACAGGUUUGUGAAGGACCGACGGCCUUCAAUAUCGCCCAACUUCAACUUCCUGGGGCAGCUCCUGGAGUUUGAGAAGGGGCUGCGACUCCUCCAUGCGCAGUCAGACGACAAAACCUCAGAGGGCAAAGGUCAAUCCCAGGGCUCAGAUGUCAACGGGUUCAGCUCAGGGUCAGAAGUCAACGGUCACCACGACUCUUCAUCAAUAGAGCCCCAGACCCCACCAGAACCGAAGCUCCCCUCGCCGACUUCUCUCCAGCAGGGCUUCAACGGCCUCCACCUGUCGGCCGAGCGCAUCCUGGACACUAACCGGCUGAAGCGCUCUUUCUCCCUGGACAUCAAGUCUGUGUACUCCCCCAGCAGCCCCCACUGCCUGCGCCUGGCAGCGCCCACACACUCCGAAGACGUGCCCAAGCUAUGUAAGCUGGACAGUCCCCCUGUCAAUGGUGUCUGCCCUCAGUUCUCCCCUGUCCCAGACAGCCCCAGCUCGGCUGAGUCGCCCUUCCCUUCUCCGGGGUGCGGCGGCAGCAUCGGAGGUCUCGACGUUGGGGGUCCCAGUGAGGGGGGCGUUCGUUCUGGAGGUCCAUCAUCGUCCAGGCCCAGGAGGAAAGCCAAGCACAGCCCUGGAUCUGGAUCCACAACCAGUUCCCCGGUACACCCCCAGUCCCUGAGUCUGACUCUGGGACGCUCCCUGCCCGUUCACAAGAGCCCCAGCCUGGACGAGAGCCCGAAGGGCUCCAUGCUUCUCUCUCUGCCCCCCAAAGAGUCCGGAACCAUGUGGACCAAACACAGAGACACAGUCCAGGCCACCACCCCAGUCACACCUGUCACCCCCACUGCCGACGCCCCCUGGUACUUCGGGGCUGAAGAGGUAGGGGAAGGAGGGAUGGAACUUGGAGGAGAUGGAGGAGGAGGGGUGGAAGUGCGAUUCGGAAGCAGCUCUGCAUACCUGGCGUUCGGUUGUAGCGAGGGGGUGCGGCUACGGGAGAAAGUGCAGCGGGACAAAAGGGCAUCGUCGUCAUCAGCGCCAUUACAGAGGGACUCCUCAACGACCGUCGCCAACGGGACGGCCUCCAACAGUACCGAGAAGCAGUUCAAGCGGCGCAGCUGUCAGAUGGAGUUUGAGGAGGGCAUCUCAGAUACGCGUUCCCGGGAGGAGCUGGAGAAGAUGGGGAAGCAGUCCAGCUUCUCUGGCAGCAUGGAGAUCAUCGAGGUGUCCUGACUAACCGCACUCCUGACCACAACCGGCCCACCCAGGGAGGAGGAGAAACGGACCUGAAGGAGGAGGGAGGACAGAGGGGGGAAAUUUACGCUCCCCAAACAGACCGUGUUAAAGACUCAAACUCUGAGAAGACAGAAACACCAGAGAGAUUCCGGGAGUCCCUUAUCUAGCUAGUGUUCCUGGACUAGACAUGGGGUUCAGCAGGCUGUUGAUUUCCUAGGUUACAUUUACAGUUCUACCAACCAAAGCUCUGAAGAGAACAACUACGGGAAAAGACGGAGACUAGAGGGCCCUGACACUGAACUAUGAACUGUGAACUAUUUCCUCUGUAUGGUGUCAGUUCAAGAAGAACAGAUCCAUGGGCAAAUCUCAAACCCCCUAUCACCCAUAUAGUGCACUACUUUUGACCAAAAGUCGCCAAAAGUAUAGUGCUAUUUUCGUUAUUGGGUGUCAUUUGAGACAUAGCCAAGUGCUUUCCUCCCAAAGACUUCAAUCCCCAGCAUGCCUCAGUCUGCCCCUCCCUUCGUUUCAAAGACUUCAGCCCCAGAUAACCACAACCCCCAGCAUGCCUCAGUCUGCCCCUCCCUUCAUUACAAAGACUUAGAAAGAGCUCUGUACCCCAGAAAUGCACCACAGCACAAUGCAGAGAGAGACUAUUCAGACUGUCCUAAGAGACUAUACAGGUGGUACUGCAUCAAAACAAUGACGAAUCCUCCAUGUUGGCGUGUCAGCCCAACAUGGUUUACAAAGACUUUGCAGUUUAAGAGGACUCAUAGUGACUGAUAAAGACUGGCAUUGUAUUUUCCCGCAAUACUCGUCUGCUGUCUUGUUUCCAGUGUUUAACAGUGUGAUGUGACUGUUGGGGCGGUGGGGAGGAGAGGAGUUAGGUCUAAGUUACACCCUCCCGGUAGUGGAGUUCAGUACUCGCAUGUCUCACUCCACACCUCCCAAGUAUACCCCAGAGCAUGCUCCAGGGUGGCUGGCGACAGACAGACAAAUACUAUAUAUACUAUAUGAAUAUAUAUAUAGCGAUUUUAAUGGACUUUUAAUCAACAACAAAAAAUCUCAGUUCUGGUUGUAAUUUAUUUGAUCGGUUCAUUCUGGUAAUGAGAAAUAAUAGAAUGUUUUGUGGACUUUUUCCUUUCCUUUGUUAAUCUCAGUUUUUGUUGUAUGGUAUUUAUGAAACACAUACAACCACACACUCAUGCACACACGAACACAUGCACGCACACACACACUCAUGCACACAAAACUACAAGCAAGCAAUAUGUGUUGUUCCUUGUUUGGAGGAAGAGUGAUGUAUUUUGGGUUUCAUCUGACGUUGAAAUGCACUUUUCUGUUACUCUUCAAAAACAAGUAUCCCACAUCCUAAGAGGGUACCAACACCCUCUAAUUCAGGGGUGGGAAAACUACAGCUCAUUCAAUCCGGCCCAUGGGAGGUUUCAGUAAAAACAAUUAACAAAAUGGGGGUUAAAUUACUAUUUGGGGUUUAAAACGACUCUAGGCCACACUUAAAUGUCUAAAACUAGAUGGAAUGUUUGUAGAAAUUAUAAUACACCUGUAUAUUUUCAAAUAACUGUCCUUUUUCUGGCCCCGAAAUUGAUUUUGACAAACAAAUCGGUUCCCAAAUCUUCUGUGUUCCCCUCAGUUGAAUUUCUAAAUCCUGAUGUGGCCUUCGAGCCAAAAUGUUUGCUCACCCCUGCUCUUACCUCUGGUGACAUCACCAGAUGUGUGGUAUGGUGAAGAAGAGUCCCUAUGAGCAUGAAAACUUUGAAUUUACAUUGACAAGAUGUUGAAAAUACAUAUUUGUGGUUGAAAAUACAUUGAAAAUAGGUAUUUUUAGUUGAAAAUACGUAAAAAAAUAUGUGUUUUCAUCAUCUUAUGUUCACUCAGUUGUGUGUAAUUAAGAUGUUAUUUAUUGUGAUUGGGGGCUCCUACAGUUAGUUAGUGCAUCUCCUGGGAGACGGUUAAUGUGUGUGAGCGAGAAUGAAGAACUUUAUUCAACCCAGUACUAAAGAGCAGAAUUAUUGUAGGAAGGACUGUUGAUUUCUCCAGGGCUCAUGACAACAACUACCGGUAUAUGCAAGUAGAUCCACACAGUUGACAAUGUUAGAGACAUCCACCUAACACACUGCUAAACUCACUCUUUUGGCUAGUUUCCAAAUAUACACACACACACAUACAGAACUAAACUGUGUUGGGAUAUGAGAGAAGCCCAUAGCUGAAACAAAUCCCCUCCACACAUACACACACACAGACAUAAACACACAGACACAUAUAGUCACACACAAAGAUAUACCACCACCUUUCGUUUGUUCUCAGGGGAUCUUUCAGUGAGCCAAGCCUGGCGCAGGGUACACAAUUGCUUGCACAUCAGCACAAUGCAUGUCACUCCCUCACUAUCUCUAUCAGUCUGUCGCUCUCACUCUCUUAUUUUCCAAAGGUUUGAUAAAAACAAAACGGAAGGGAUGAAACUAGAACGUGAUUCAGAAGUGAAUAAAUUAAUGCUAUUGCUCUGCUGGUGCGAGAUUGUCUAUUUAUUUAUGAUGUACCUAUAUGUGUGUUUUUUAUUUUCCUUUGGUUAGCUUUUCUCUAUUGUGACCUUUGACCUAUACCUUUGUGCUGCUGUAAGGUCAGACCUGGAUUUCCUGUGUUCAGUUCUCUGAGGCUUUCCUUCUAGUCUCUUUAUUUUUAAAAGAUGUUAUAAUUCAUUUUAAAACAUGUUAAGAGAAGAUGCAGGCUGUCCCGAUUGCUAUAAUUGCUAUAAUUGUUGGUUUUGAUGUAUUAUUAUUAUUAUUAUUAUUGAUGUUAUGUUGUGUAAAUAGCAAGGUAUCUAAGAAUAUUGAUGAAUUUAGGUACAUUUUUUAAAUAAAAUCCUGAUACCUUAGGCUGCUUGACGCAAAAUACCUCAGGUUUUUCCUUCCUUGUACAUGUUUUGUGAAAAUGAGACAAAAAUACAAAAAUAACAAAAUAUGAA